AUGGCAACAAAUUACAAGAGCUGCCCACUCAAGAAACGCCCGAUCGUUUAUGUGAAAGAGGAAACUCACCAAUAUGACUCACUUGCAGUAACCAAACCCGAGUUCACUGAGAAUGAACAGCCCGAGGAUUUAUCAUUAAAACGCAAAUCUGCUGACGAUGAUCUGGUGGAUUACGUCGUACCAGCAAAACGUGAAUAUGUUUUGAAUUUGUCUAAGAAUGUUGAUACAACCGGAAGUAUACAAUACAAAUAUCGUCCAGAAACACCAAUCUCCUGCAACACUGAAUAUUAUGCCAGUUCAGCUAUGUUAUCGCCACAAACUGAUAUGGAAGGUUCAGUGGAAUAUGAAACUACAAACAUACAUUUACGAGGAUUAACAGCUACAACAAAUCCAUACAGUUCGGCAUUUGUAAUGGCUGCUGGUUGUAAUCCAAUGACUGCACUCUGGACUACAUAUCAACCAAAUAUAAGUAACAUAUAUCCAUCGCCUGCUUCAUCCAUAGCAUCCACUGCAUCUAUCUCAUCUCCAAGACUACCAGCAUACAACUACCAACAAAUCACGCCACCAUCAAGUCCUGGCUCGGAUGUUAGUUCCGAACCAGAAGAUCUUUCGGUGCGCAAUGAUAUACCAUUACCGGCAUUGUUUCACUUAUUCGAAGAAGCACCAACAGAUGCCAACUUAACACAAAAAAGCAAUCAUUACACCACUUGCGGAAAUUCUGUCAGCAACGGACCAGCUUUGAACGCUAUACCAAAGAAUUACCGUUUUAAGUGCGAAAAAUGUAACAAAAUGUAUUCAACAUCAAUUGGCCUAUCAAAGCAUCAACAGUUCCAUUGUCCAGCGGCCGAAUGCAACCAAGAGAAGAAACAACAUUCCUGUGAAGAAUGUGGUAAACUUUACACAACCAUCGGUGCUCUGAAGAUGCACAUUCGCACACAUACACUACCAUGUCGUUGUAAUAUAUGUGGAAAAGCCUUCUCCAGGCCAUGGUUACUCCAAGGACAUAUACGCACACACACUGGAGAGAAGCCAUUCCAGUGUCCAGAUUGCCCACGCUCAUUCGCUGAUCGUUCCAAUUUGCGUGCCCAUCAACAAACACACGUCUUCAUCAAGAAGUACGUCUGCAAAAUAUGCAACAAAUCCUUCUCGCGUAUGUCCUUGCUAAACAAACACAUGAGCACAAACUGCACCAUUGCAAUUGCAUAA